AUGGCGUCCACGACGCGAACAGUGACUGUGGCAGCAUCGACAGCGGCAUCAGAUGGAGUGCGUGCAGCUGGCGCAACUCCUGGGUCUUGGGCGCUUGUCUCCACACCUGCCAGCAGCCCAACCACAUCUGAGACUUCAAGCGAUGGCUCAAAUGACCUGUCGUUUUGGUUCCAAAAGAUGGGGGCGCCCUGUCCGGAAAAGUGGGCGCGCAAGUUUUAUGAUGCUGGCUAUGGAGACGUGGAGGAAGUAGCAGCCUUGGCAGCUGCUGAUUUGGAUAAUGUGUUCAUUGAGCUCGGCGUCCCAUCUGGCAUUCAGACCAAACUUCGGACAGGCAUUCCACAGUUCCGAGAUGGAACCCUUGCUUCCAUGCCGCAGGGUGAUUUGGAUGCAACAGCUCCUGUUCAGUCUGAAAGCUUCAAAUGGUGGUUUUGGGGCCGCGUUGCUGUGUCUGCUGUUGUAGUUGCCGCCGUUGGUGGUAUGGUGCUCGCCGCAGGUGUUGCUGGUGCUUUUGCCUUUGCUGGGAUGUUCGCUCUUGGUGACUGCUUGGACGGUGAGACUUUGGUGACGAUGGCAGACCGCUCCAAGAAAAAGAUCAAAGAUGUGAAGGUGGGCGACAAGAUCUUGAGCUACAACAAAGGCAAGCUGCAUGUGAAGACCGUGGUUAAGGUGAAGGAAGGCCAGAGCAACACCAUGCGAGAGCUGUUCUUGCAAACUCCAGAUGGCAAGGACUUCAGGAUCAAGGCAACUGGGGGGCAUCCUUUCUACACCAAAGAAAAGGAGUGGGCAGUGAUCUCCCCAGACGCUCACUUCGAUACAUCCAAGCCGGUGAAGAAGCUCAGUGUAGGUGACACGCUGGUUCUUCGCAGCGGUGCUGGCGCCAAGCUUUUGAAGAUUGGAGAAGUGUUGCCACGCCAGAAGACUUACAACCUUGCCAUUGAUGGUCCAGGCACCUUUUUCGUCGAGGGCAUCUUGUCACACUCAGGGUUGCCGCCGCCGAAGAAGUGAAGGGCUGAGUCAGCCGAGCACAAGCUCAACUUCACAUGCUGCUGUGGUACAGCAGUGUGUGAAUGCCGGGACAGGCGUGAGCGGGCAGAGCAGUCUUUGGCUGCCGACCUGUGCAUCUCCUAGUUCUUGAAGCUAAGAUAGAUGGCUGCAAGAUUAGACCGGACUU